CGAGUCUAUAAACAGGAGCGGGGGCGGCGGCGGCGGCACUCGGAGCGGAGCCGGACCCGGAGCGGAGCCGGACCCGGAGCGGAGCCGGACCCGGAGCGGAGCCGGAGCAGGAGCAGGACCCGGAGCGGAGCCGGAGCCGGACCCGGAGCAGGAGCAGGACCCGGAGCCGGAGCCGGAGCCGGACCCGGAGCGGAGCCGGACCCGGAGCGGAGCCGGACCCGGAGCGGAGCCGGAGCGGAGCAGGACCCGGACCCGGAGCAGGAGCAGGACCCGGAGCCGGAGCCGGAGCCGGACCCAGAGUAGGAUCCGGAGCCGGAGCGGCAGGAGCGGGACCCGGAGCAGGACCCGGAGCCGGAGCGGGGUCCGGGCACCAGCGCACAGGUCACGCCAUGUCAGGCCGCCCGAGGUCGACCCGGAAGUUAAAACAAUGGAUGAUAGAGCAGGUGGACGGCGGGCAGUGCCCCGGCCUGGUCUGGGAGGACCGCAAGCUCGGAAUGUUCCGGAUCCCCUGGAAGCACGCGGGCAAGCAGGACUACAGGCACGAUGAGGACGCCGCCAUCUUCAAGGCGUGGGCCAAGUUUAAGGGGAAAUACAAGGAGGGGGACAAGGUCGACCCCGCCAGCUGGAAGACGCGGAUGAGGUGCGCGCUGAACAAGAGCAGUGAGUUCGAGGAAGUCCCGCAGAGGUCCCAGCUGGACAUCUCCGAACCCUACAAAGUCUACCGGAUCAUCGAGGGCAACGGGGAGAAAAGAAAGGCGUCGCCGACGCUGAGCCUGGAUUCGGUGAAGGUGAAGCAGGAGAAAGAACCGAGGGAGGACCGGUCAGGAUCCACCUCCCCCGUCCUGCCCGGCAGUGGGCCCAAGGCAGAGGAGAACGACAGUGGCUGCGAUCCCAGCUCUGGAUCUGAGAUGUCGGCGCAGGAGGAUGGCUCCAACGAGAGCACAUUACUUGGAUGCAGCCUGAAUCCCACCUUGGAAGAUUCGACCAACUACCUGAUCAGCAACGUCGCUCCCAUGUCGCCAAACAUCGUGGAGACAGAGCCCAACGCCAUGUUCGUGUCCUUCCGGUACGGCAGCGUGGAGGUGAGCAGCGCGGUGACCCGGCACGGCUGCAAGAUCUCGUCGGUGGUCCCCCGGCCAGGGGGCGAGUCGUCCUUCGGCUCCCAGGCCCUGGAGAAGCUGUGCUUCCCGCCCGCCUCCUGCGUCGGGGACCCCGUGAAGCGGCGCGCCACCGAGGAGCUGCUCUCCUUCCUGGAGCGCGGGCUGAUGCUGGACAGCAACGCCCACGGGAUCUUCGCACAGCGGCUGUGCCAGGGCCGCGUCUUCUGGACCGGCCCCGGGGCCUCCCAGCCGGGACGUCCCAACAAACUGGAGCGGGACAGGGUGGAGAAGCUGUUCGACCGCAACGUCUUUGAGGAGGAGUUGGAGCGGUACCGGCAGGGUCUGGGGGUGCUGCCCCAGCACCAGGUGACCCUGUGCUUCGGCGAGGAGCUGAGCGACAGCGAGACCACCGACAAGAAGCUCAUCACCGUGCAGGUGCACCAGGUGGCCGCCAAGCGGCUGCUGGACCGGGAGCUGGAGAUCCAGAACGCCUCCUUCCUCCUGCUGGAGCCUCUGACCGGAGCCAGCUUUAGCCAUGCCCUGCAGCAGGCCGCCGACGGCCUCUUUGGCAUCUCGUAGGGGUGGGGGGGGGGGGGCGCCCGUGCAGCUCCUGUGCCUGGACCCUGGGGGUGUGGGUGGGUGGGGGAAGGCGAGAGAGCGCCAACGUGGGUCCCUCUCAGCUGGGGCUUGGGCCUCAUGGCCCCAUUGGCCUCCUCCCCCCCCCCGCCCCCCCCCCCCCAACCAGACCUUGUUACAACCCACCCCCCGACCCCAGGUCUGGCCCUCGUCACCUCUGACCCCACUACCCCCCUCCCACCCAAAACCUGGGCCAUUCCCCUCCCCUCCAGGCUCCAGAGGGGGAAGUGGGGGCAGAAGUUGGGACCAAGUGAGUGCCUUCUCCCCCUUUUUAAAAAUAAAAGCCCCCCCCCGGGGUCUCCGUGCUGCCGGCCGGCACGUGGAGGAGAGGACGAGCUGGGCGGCUCUCGGGGGGAGAGAAGUUCAGGAGGUUGCCCCCCCCCGCACACAUACACGCAUGCUGAGCCUGACCUCUCGCGCCUGCCCCACCCCUCCCGGGACAGGAGGGCUCGACUGGCCGAGUCCACCCCGUUUCGUCCACCACCCCCCCCCCCCCCCCCCCCCCCCAACAGCCAACGACCUGUGAGAUUUGGGUCCAAACCCUCUCCUAGGGGGUCGGGAACUCCCGGCGACCGGAUCACAUCCCCGGGGGUCGAUCCGCGCCAUUCUCCUGAGGUUACCCCCUGACCUCCCUGCCCCCUCCCCCACUCGCCUCAUGUUUGUGUGUGUGUGUGUGUGUGUUGUGUGUGUGUGUGGGGUUGGAGGGGGGUCAUUUGGGGGACCGGGGCGGUUGUAUAAUAAUGUGAAGCCUGUA